GGCGGGAAUGGGCUUCCAUACAUUUCAACAGAAAAACGCAUAAGGGCUGCGAAUUAAGCGCGCGCCUUGAUGUUACUUCCAUAAUUGUUGGGCUGUGGCUCAAGAAACCCGCUGUUCUCACGCAGCUCGGUAGUAGUGUUACUGUCAUCUUUUUCUUGACUAUAGUAGUAGGCAUGACAGAGAAUCAAGGAGCGUUCUCUAGACCCAGGAGAUCAUGGACUGACCUUUGCCGAAAGUUCUGGGGUGUUUUUCUGCGGAACAAAUGGCAGAUUUUAGCUCUGCUAAGCGUCUUGGCAGAUCCGGGACCCAGGAGGGUGGUACUCCAGAUGACACCUCGGCUGGCAGAGGAGACGGAGGUGUGCUGGCGACCCAGUCCAGAGUUGCCCCUCGGUGUUUUCCUCGGUAUGAUUCUCAGAAUCUACGCACACCUGACGGACUCUGAGAAAGGCUACAUAAACUAUCCCGGAGAGUUACUCUCUCGGAUGCUUCGCAUGGUCACAACUCCUCUCAUUGUGACUAGUGUGAUAAUAGGCAUGUCUGAAGUAAGCUCAAAGUCCUCUAGAAGAAUUGCUGCACGUGUACUAGUGUACAUCUUCUCAACCACCGUACUGGCAGUCACUACAGGAAUUCUACUGUCAGUGCACAUCAAGCCUGGAUUUUCUUCUGAUGUGACAAGUAUGAUAGAUGUGGAAAAAGAGGACUUUUUCUCCAUGGUCGCUCUGAUGGAUCUUGUAAGGAACAUGAUUCCAGCAAGCCUAAUUAUAGCUUUCUUUGCACAUUACAAGACUGAGACAGUGGAGGCUGAGGUAGAGGCAUAUGACCCCAUUUCUGGUCUGCCCAUGAAUUUGACCGAAUUUGAACAACUGGGCCGUACCGUCCCUGGAACCAACAUGGUGGGCCUGAUUGUUUGGUCCUGCAUUGGUGGCCUUCUGAUUGGACAAAUUGGGGAGGCAAAUAGAACCCUGGUGAAGUUACUGAAAGACUUGAACAUGGCCUUAACAGUGGUAGCCCAUUGGAUAACUUGGUACAUGCCCUAUGGGCUAAUUUUCAUGAUUGCAAGCCAUGUGACUGAGGUCGAAGGAUGGGGAUCCUUCAUGAAACUUGGAAAGCUGGCAGGGGUGAUCCUUCUUGGCCUUAUCAUCCAUGGAAUGGUCAUUCUUCCCUUCAUCUACCUUGUGCUUGUGAGACGCAACCCCUUUGUUGUGAUGAGGGAGGUCUCUCAUGUCUUAUUCACUGCCAUGCGCAUGUCAUCCAGCGCCGAUACGCUGCCAGAAACUAUGCAGUGUUGUGAGGAGAGACUGAAGUUUGACCCAAGAAUCACUCGCUUCAUGCUGCCCAUCGCAUCCAACCUCAACAUGAAUGGAAGUGUCCUUUAUGAAGUGGCCUCUGUUGUUUUCAUCGCCCAACUCAACGACAUCCACUUGAAUGGUACUCACAUCGUUAAUAUCAGCUUGACUGCAGCAGCUUCCUGCAUGGGAGCAGAAGGGGUCCCAGCUAUUGGCGCAUUGACCAGUGUCUUCAUUUUGUCGGCAGUGGGUCUCCCUGCCAAAGGGGCCUCACUUCUGGUGCUUUUGGAGUGGAUUUUAGACCACUUCAACACCGUCAUAAAUGUAUGGGGAAACUGCAUCGGCGUGGCACUCAUUCAUCAUCUGUCACAAAACGAGCUGCCGGUCCAAAACCAGAGCGGAUAAGGUAGACCUGUCAGUGGGACCUGAAGACCUGGCUGGAACGCCUCCUUUUACAUUGUUCUACUGUUGCAACCCUCGGGUAGCUCUUGUAUUCACUCUGAAAUGCAACAGGCUGAGCUGGGUUGUGUUUUAUGUAUUUUAUGUAUUUAAUGGCCAUGAUCUAAGGUUGUGCAGCCAUGCAUUUGGAUCUGAUUUUGUUAAGAGUCCAGGGCAGGAUCUGUGGGAUCUCUGCAUCCCUUUAUCCAAAUUUUACUGUUCCAAUUAGAAGUGUUUUUAUUUUAUUUUACUGCUUAUUAUCAUCUAUUUGCUGCUGUAAAAUGUUUAACAGGGGUUAAUAAAGAUAUUUUUGUUUAUUCUCAAAAAAUUUGAAUAAAUUAAUGACUCAUUCAUCUUCA